UUUUUAGAGAGAGAAGAAAUCAAGGCGUAUAUUAACAUGUUUUCAGGGUUGUGUAACGGCGUUUUCCCAUUUCCUGGAUUCUAGUGAGAGAGAGGAAGAAGAAGAAGAAGGAUUAAAACUACUGUGUGUUUUUAGAGAGAGGAACAAAAGAGGUUUUAAGCUCUACAUCAUCUAAUCCGGAUUCCCGAUCUGUGUAUUUUUGCAACGGAAGAUUUGACGGUUUUAGGGUUUCAUCAAAGCUGGUUAAAUUACGCCAUAAAAGUCUGAUUUAUUGCGAGGCUGUUGUUAUCUAUCUUCAGUUGAUGCGUAUAAUGUGGAGGAAUUCAUGAUUUCAGAGGUUUAAUUUUGGCGAUUUGUGUUUUACAAGACUUUCUGCUGUUGCAGCUUUUCAAUUUAGUAAUUUUUUGUUGUCAUGGAGAAUCGAGGGUCAACAUUUCUCUCACCUGAAGAUCUGCUGUAUAAGGAGCUAUGGAAGGCAUGUGCAGGACCACUUGUGGAUGUUCCAAGAGAUGGAGAGAGUGUUUUCUACUUUCCUCAAGGUCACAUGGAACAAUUAGAGGCAUCAACAAAUCAGGAACUAAAUCAGAGGAUUCCUCUCUUCAGUCUCAAAUCAAAGAUCCUUUGUCGUGUUGUCCAUACUCAGCUACUGGCUGAACAAGACACGGAUGAAGUUUAUGCUCAAAUCACUUUACUGCCUGAGCAAGAUCAAAGUGAUCCUACAAGUCCUGAUGAAUGCUUAGCUGAGCCUGUGAGGCCAACCGUACACUCUUUCUGCAAAGUCUUGACAGCUUCAGAUACGAGCACUCAUGGUGGGUUUUCGGUGCUCCGGAAGCAUGCAAAUGAGUGUCUACCGGGAUUGGACAUGACUCAAGCUACUCCUACUCAGGAGUUGGUAGCAAAAGAUCUCCAUGGCGUUGAGUGGCGAUUUAAGCAUAUUUUUAGAGGUCAACCACGAAGGCAUCUGCUUACAACAGGAUGGAGCACUUUUGUAACUUCUAAGAGAUUAGUGGCUGGGGAUUCAUUUGUAUUUCUUAGGGGGGAGAAUGGUGAAUUACGUGUUGGAGUUAGACGACUAGCUCGUCAACACAGCUCCAUGCCAUCUUCAGUAAUUUCAAGCCAGAGCAUGCAUCUUGGAGUGCUUGCAACUGCAUCACAUGCUGUUUCAACCCAAACCCGGUUUGCGGUUUACUACAAGCCAAGGACAAGUCAGUUCAUCAUAGGCUUAAACAAGUAUAUAGAAGCUGUAAACAAUGGGUUUACUGUCGGCAUGAGAUUUAAGAUGCGGUUUGAGGGUGAGGAUUCUCCUGAAAGAAGGUUUACUGGUACAAUUGUUGGAGUUGAAGACAUGUCUCCUCAGUGGGAAUGCUCUAAAUGGCGCUCGUUAAAGGUCCAGUGGGAUGAACCUGCAUCUAUUAUGAGACCAGAAAGGGUUUCUCCAUGGGAAAUAGAAACUUUUGUAGCUCCUAUUCCAACAAGUUUAGUUCAACCAGUGGCUCCUAAAAGUAAAAGGCCUAGACCUCAUAUGGAGAUCCCUAACAUUGAACCUGCAUGUUCAUCUGUAUCAGCUGUCUGGAAUCCUUCUCAUGAUUCUGUUCAGUUAAGUUGUACUCCUGAAGGACAAAGGGGUGACGAUCGUAAUUCCUGGCAUCCCAAACAAACAGACAAUAGUAACAAUGGCUGUCUUCUAAGGACUCAAAUGGAGGCUGGUUGGCUAUCAUCUUCCCCCAUAAAAGCUUCUCGGAAUAUGUAUGGAGAUGAAACAGAAGAUAGGAAAGGUCUCUCGGCUUGGUCUGUUCAUUCUACUUACUCACCUCAGGAAUCCAUCAAACAUACUAAAGAUUCAAUUCAGAGUUCCAUUGACAAGAAGAAAUCUGAAAAUGUUUCAAGUUGUAGAAUAUUUGGUUUUGACUUAAAGAUCCCUCCUAAAGGUGAUAUUACACCUGAGAAAGCAACCCUAACCCAAUCAGAUGUAUUAUUCCAUUCCUCCAUGGAAGGACAGGUGCCAAGUACAUUAUCAGACCAGAGGUCUGACCUUUCAAAGGAUUGCAAAGAACAAGGGCAGUUGCAAGUAUCCCCAAAGGAGGUUCAAAGCAAACAAAGCACUUGUGCCCGAAGUCGUACCAAGGUUCAAAUGCAAGGCAUUGCAGUGGGACGUGCAGUGGACUUGACCGUGUUAAAAGGGUAUGAUGAGCUGAUCGAUGAACUAGAAGAGAUGUUUGAGAUCAAGGGAGAGCUUCGUCCUAGGAAUGAAUGGGAAAUCGUAUUCACUGAUGAUGAAGGAGAUAUGAUGCUCAUGGGUGAUGAUCCAUGGCAGGAGUUCUGUAACAUGGUUAAACGGAUCUUGAUCUGCUCGAGUCAAGAUGUGAAGAAAAUGAGGGCAGGAAGUAAGACUUCGAUAGACAAUGAUGUGUCGGGUUUUAGUUUGGAAGCUGGUGAAAAAUGAUUUACAAGAGUGCUGUUUUUCUCCACGUACUCUCGCGUUGCUAGUUUCCGUGUUUCUUUGAAGUUGUUUCGGGUGUAUGUCAGGUUUCACCUAGUCGUGAAAGGGUGCUCCGAAAGUGGAUAAAGAGUGGAGGACUAAAUUGGUGUUUUUAUUAGAAAAAAAAAGACUGACCCGCUUGAAGAUAUAUGAUGACUACUACUACUACUACUACUAUUAGGAAUGAAGAAGAUAUGUGUAUAUUAGAGAGAGGUAUUUGGAUGUUUUUAAUGCUCAUCUUCAGUUUCUUUGUGAUUUGUAUGUAUAUAUUGGUUAUUGCAGGCUUUGACAUUUAGCGAGUGAGUGGAAGAAUUUGUC